UUAAUAAUUUUUUAAAAUCCUGCAAAUAAUGCAUCCCCGUCUUGCACACUCUUUGGGUCAGUCUAGAAAUCUUUGCAUCAUUUCCCUGAUCUGGACCGCCCCACACAGCUCCCCGGCCUGGAGAAGUCCACGUGCCUGCGCCUGUUGGGGGAAGUGGGGCGGAGCUUGCGUGCUGACGCAGGAGAGCCGUGCGUGGGAGCGUGUGCGCCUCGAGACAGGCGAAGGGCAACCGUCGCCGGGAUUUGCGCUUCAACUGUCGUUAGUGUAUUUUUCUGUUGUCACUUCUGUGUCUUCCUUCAAGGUUCUCCAAAUGUCAACUGUCAAGGAGCAGCUUAUUGAGAAGCUAAUUGAGGACGAUAAAGACUCCCACUGUAAAAUUACCGUUGUUGGAAUUGGUGCCGUAGGCAUGGCUUGUGCUAUUAGCAUUUUACUGAAGGAUUUGGCUGAUGAACUUGUCCUCAUUGAUGUCGCAUCCGACAAACUGAAGGGAGAAAUGAUGGAUCUUCAGCAUGGCAGUCUUUUCUUUAGUACUUCAAAGAUUACCUCUGGAAAAGAUUACAGUGUAUCUGCAAACUCCAAAAUAGUUAUCGUCACAGCAGGUGCAAGGCAACAGGAGGGAGAAACUCGCCUUGCCCUGGUCCAACGUAAUGUGGCUAUCAUGAAAUCAAUCAUCCCUCCCAUAGUACGUUGUAGUCCUGAUUGUAAAAUUCUUGUUGUUUCAAAUCCAGUGGAUAUUUUGACAUACGUAGUCUGGAAGAUAAGUGGCUUACCUGCAACUUGUGUAAUUGGAAGUGGUUGUAAUCUAGACUCUGCCCGUUUUCGUUAUCUAAUUGGAGAAAAAUUGGGUAUUCAUCCCACAAGCUGCCAUGGUUGGAUUAUUGGAGAACAUGGUGAUUCUAGUGUGCCCUUAUGGAGUGGGGUGAAUGUUGCUGGUGUUGCUCUGAAGACCCUGGACCCUAAAUUAGGAACGGAUUCAGACAAGGAAAACUGGAAAAAUAUCCAUCAACAAGUUAUUCAAAGUGCCUAUGAGAUUAUCAAGCUGAAGGGAUAUACCUCUUGGGCUAUUGGACUGUCCGUGAUGGAUCUGGUAGGAUCCAUUUUGAAGAAUCUUAGGCGAGUGCAUCCAGUUUCCACCAUGGUUAAGGGAUUAUAUGGAAUAAAAGAAGAACUGUUUCUCAGUAUCCCUUGUGUCUUGGGGUGGAAUGGUGUCUCAGAUGUUGUGAAAAUUAACUUGAAUCCUGAGGAGGAGGCCCUUUUCAAGAAGAGUGCAGAAACACUUUUGAAUAUUCAAAAGGAUCUGAAAUUUUAAAGCCUUCUAAUGUUCCACUGUUUGGAGAACAGAGGAUAGUUGACUGUAUAAAUUUUGAAAGUAUUUUCAUUUGAUCUUUAAAAAAUAAAAAUUGGAGACCUAUGACA